CACGUUUGGUGGAACUUGGGCUGCUUGUGUACCUCUGCAUCAGUCAUGGGGGGAAGGGGGGGGGGGAACUCCUUGACUACCUCCAUAUCAAUAAAAUCUACUGGCAUAGCCAUAGUGUAGAACUGUUAGACUACUCUAGUAUGUAAAUGAAACGCUACUGAUUUCUAUACUGUAAAUAAUAUUUGGCCAAUAAAAGUUAUAGCCCUUACUGGACCUUCAUGGUUCAAAUAAAUAUGCAAAAAUAUAUGGUUUCAAAAAUAUGUUUUUAUGAUCUAUUCGAAGGUUUCUUUUGCAUGCCAACAACAUAAUUAAUCACAGUAAAAGCAUGAGAACUCAACAGCAUUAUGUACUCAAUACCCACUCACAUUUGAAGAGAAUAUUCGCUUAAUUAUAGAACAUGCUUUAUUAGAACAUGCUUUAAUUAGAACAUGCUUUAUUAGAGAAAAAGACAAAUGAUCAUUGUGAAGAAGAAUAUUACCACAAUAUAUAAACAUUAUUCGUUAAUUAGAAAAUGUUUACAAAGUUCCAAAUUAGUGUGGGUAGAGUCAAUAUAUUCAUCGGAUAGCACAUGCACAUAGGAACUUGACAAGUUGAUUCAAUGAGGAUUUACCGAAACAUACUCGACAAUGAUACAAUUCCACAUGGUUCCCCAACAUGCAUGCAUGUAUAGCCCUAAUGCCGCUUAAUAUAUAGCAAAAUAUUAUCUUGAAUAUAAGGAAAAAUACCAUUGCUGGUGCAUGUGAACUGUGUCUUAUUUGUACACAAUAAUGCUCAGCCCCCUAAACCCGCACUCCCCCCCCACCACCCCUGUCUAAAAUAAGGAUCAUUAUUUUCAAUGUAGAACGAGACUCGUAGCGAAAUGGAUAUUCCGUCAACUCUAAACUGCCUUUCGUAGUUAGGACAUCUAAUUCCAUAGUCGGCCUAUCAUGAUGUACUUUUAUUCCAGCCGUCAGUUAAUCAUUCACUGCAUGGAUACAAUAAAUUUUAAAUUCUAGAAAAUAUUUGCUUUACAUGUGGUAUGAUAUAGUAGGCUAUAUCAACGGCUUUCCCCAUGAUGUAUUAUUGCUUGGCAAUAUCAUUUAUAUCAAUUUUUAUGGCAAUAUCUUGGCCUAAAUUUUUAUGUCAUGCACUUAUGUCAUUCGCGUCUUUUCAUGUGCGUGAGGAACUAACCCAGGCAGUACACGGCAUUAUAUAUGACCUAAUCCUUAUGUUUGGAUUAGUUACGAAAACUCCAAUGUACAGCUUGACUGUGAUUGUAUAUUUCCGUCAGAACGGUCAGUGUAUAGAUAGCGACGAUGUUAAUUACAAGACACCUGCAUGCAUGAGGAUUGAGAAAGAUACAAUGGAUGAUUUCAGCCAUCGAUUAAUUUUUUAUCUAGACAAGAAAGACGAAAUCUAUCAUUAUAGCUCAAAAGAACAUCCUAAAAUUAGUAAAACUGCAAAGUUUGGUUGCGAAAUGUUUUAAAAUACGGAAAAUCUAGCCCUGUGAAAUAAGCAAAUUUUGAGUAUUUUAGUACUAUACGCGCGCGGGAAAAUGCAGGCACGUUCGGCCCAAAUGCGGUGCUUUCCCUUGCGUAAUAUACAAAUUAAUACAAAAUUUGCAAAUUUCGCAGGGCUAUAUCUUAAUUCCUCAUUUUACAACAUUUCGCAACCAAACUAUGCAAUCAUACUAAUUUUAAGAUGUUCUUUGAACUUCUUUGUAGUUGUUGUGAUGGAUUUCGUUCUUUUUGCCUAGAUCAAAAUUUAGUAUGUAGGUAGAAUCAUCUAUUAACUAUACUUGAAAAAUACAAGCAGACCUUCGUUGUGGUUGUGUUUUUCCGGUAGUUGUAUCUCUUUCAAUCCGCGGUUGUAUAUAUUUUCUUUCCUUAUGUGUAAUGCUUAAAACAAAUAAUCCAUUAAAGUAGAAAAUUUAAUUAAAUAAAUCUGAAUAAUUAUUAUUAUAUACAGUAUAUGUUGAACAUACCUUGUAAUUUUAGUAUUUUCGUAAUAACCAAUGUUCCCUUUUUCUCUGCCACUUUGAAGGGGAGUUUCCGUGGUUGCAAGUGUGACACUAGAGUACUCCAAAUGGGCAGCAAGGAUGUGGGAACUUAUCAAUAUCGCGUUAAGAGCGCUUCUGAUGCAUAUCAACUCAGGUACAAGUAUUAUAUCACAUUAUCAAAUUUUCUUUAUCAAUAAUUCAUGAACGAAACACAAAGGAUGUCGAUACCGUAUAGCGUUGUCAUGAUACCACGAACACAGUUGGAAACGUCCAUAAAUUAAGUGAACGUUGAAUUCCUCUUUAAGGCAGUAAGGUCUGGUCUUCAAAAGCACAAGCAUAAGAGGGAUAAAACGUAUUGAUUUCUUAUAUACUGGAAAAACAUAGUGAGAUCCAUACUAUGAAAUUUGCAAUUGCAUCACAUACCCCAUUGUAUGGAAAUUUCAAUUAGUAUGAUAAAAUUGGAUUUCCAUACUAUUUCCAAGGAUUUUGAAAAAAAAAUUCCCGUGUAAGCAUCACAUUAGCAUAAGAAUAUCAAAAAUUGCGUUCUUUUCUUUGUGCUUACACAGUGAGAACAAACACAAGAACAUCAAAUUGAUUUGAAAGCGUUCGGCUUGUUUUUUUGGGUUUUUUUUUCUUGCGUUGUAGUGAGGGCUUAAAUACUGGCUCAUUUGAGAAGUUAUAACAUACACACACGUUUGGCCACAGGCACAGUGAAUUAAAAGACCUUCAAGAAUGUUAAAAUGCUCGACCUCGUUUUCCAACACAUUUUUUGACGCAUGUUUCAAAUGAUGCACGAUGAUAAACUUACAUCUAUCGUGUACGAUAUAGUUUACUUAUCAAUUUUGAUAAAAUGAGCAGGUGCUUUUGGACCUAUCAUACUCCCACUUUUUUAUUUAUAUAUCUGUAAAAUAACGCCCACCGAGACUUCAAUAUUAAAAAAAAAAUUACGUAAAUUGAUAGUUUUGAUAAUGGCUAAUCCGAACCGUAUCUGAUAUAAUGGGUAUUAUCCUUUGCAUGCAAAUUUUCUCUGUUUCACUCUAAAACUGUGUUUGAAUAGAUGGCUUUCACUAAAUAUAUUAGGAUUUUGGACAUCCGUUACUCGCAGGGGCGUAGCGAAGCAUCUGUAUUUGGGGGGUGUCGGAGGAUUUUACAUGAAAUUUGAACUUCAAUGUUAAAAAUUUACCUGAGUGUAAUAAUUAUAAUAGAGCUUUUUCUGAUUGAUUUCCACUGUCAUCAGGGACGCCGCGGAACGAUGUGAAGGCAAGGGGUGCCGAUUUUCGUGAAAGGGCACUUUUGAAUUGAUAUAUACUAAGAGAUGUUUGCAAAACAUCGGGAGUUGAACUUCGCCUAAUCAUGUUUUCUAUUUAUUGGAUGAUAGGGGUGAGAGGGGGUUCUCCGCCAGGCGAUUGUGCUAUUCUUCUUCUUUCUGAAGCAAAUACGUAAAAGAAUUUCACUAACAUUUCUGACAAUUCGCUAUUUCGCCAAGGCAAUCCUUUAAAUUGAAAGGGCACCUUUGCCCCCCUUGCCCCUCCUGGUAAAGGGCAACGGGGGCGGCUGCCCCUCCUACCCCCCCCCCAGUUCCGGCGUCCCUGACUGUCAUAGUAAGUUUCCGAAGAAAAGGGGCGUCUGGGGGUCCUCCCCCAGAAAAUGUUUACAUUUUUGAAGCUCCAGGACUGCAUUUCUGGCGUUUUCUAAAGCUAACUACAAGAACUUGUGGUUAGAGCUCGACAAUGGACGACUGGCGCUUUAGAAAAAUUUUUAAUCUGGGAAUAACAAAGGUAUUUUUGGAAAGAAGUUAUUAAAAUUAGAAAAACUGCAAAGUUUGGUUGCGAAAUGUUGUAAAAUACGGAAAAUAUAGCCCUGCGAAGUUGGCAAAUUUGUAUACAUUUCUAUUACGUGCGGAAAGUGGUAACUAAUUUAGUUACCAAUUCACGCACGUAAUACAAAAGUAUACAAAUUUGCCAACUUUGAAGGACUAUAUUUUCCGUAUUUUACAACAUUUCGCAACCAAACUUUGUAAUAUUACUCAUUCCAAGACGCUCUUUCUAGCUGUGGUGAUAGAUUUCGUUGUUCUUACUUAGAUUAAAAUUUAGUCUAAAGCGCAAGUUGUCCAUUUACUCAGGACUCUGUAGCUCAGUUGGUUAGAGCGCGCUGCACCGGAAUCGCAGGCUCGCAGGGUCGAUUCCUACCAGAGGGUGUGUAUUUAGUUGUAUUUUUCGCAGCUGGCUCCUGGGUAGAUCUACAAAUGUAUCAAAUUUACACUUGUAUGUCCACCUGCAGAAUAAGCGCUCGAGAAAGUACAAUCACAAAUGAGCUUUGGUAAAAUAAACUUAAAAUUAAAGUAAAUUAUGUUCUUUUUCAAAUUUGGCUUCUAAAUUGAGUAUAACGCUAUAAAUAAUCAGAAGUUGGCAACAAUUUCACUGUGAACGUCAUUAUUGCCAGGCGAAUAAUUAGAGCAAGCAAGUUUGAAAUAUAAUGUGGGAACUUCUCCUCGUGUGCGCGAAAUUGCGUGAAAUAUCAACACUUUAAUGUCAUUGUGUCAAUUAUAACGUGAUGAACAUUCUUUGCAUCUUGUGCUUAAACGUCAUUGCAUAUUGAUUAUUUUGGAUCUUUAAUCCCCAUCCUUGUGUUGAUCUAUUGUAUCAGGGAUUUUAUUCUCAAAUGUAAUUUUCAUUGAUAAUUCAUGAGAAACACAAUUAAAUCAUCACCAUAGCUUGUAUAUCUGAUACGAAAUCCUGUAAGAACUCCAAAAAACUGUAUAUACAGCCAAUUCAAAAAGAGCUUGUCCUUUGCAAACCUUAAACCUUAAACUCUAAGCGCGCAAAGCUUAAUGGGAGCACAAGUUUCAAGCUUGGUAGUUGAAUAUUGCAGCUAUUUGUGAAUGAAUUGUUCUCGUAAGGAGAUAUUUACCAUGUCUCUAAGAAAUGGGCCCCAUAUAAACUGAUUAAAUGAUGCUGCGAUUAUGCUUUGCAUGUUAAGGUUUAAGGUUUAGAGUUUAAGAUUUGCAAAGGACAACCUUUUUUGAAUUGGCUGUAUAAGCUUGGGCGAGGGCCAUUCCAUUUAAUAUACCCCCCCCCCCCCCUAUGGACGAGAAUUUCUGUGCGUCGUCAGGGGUUGUGUGCAUCGGCAUCCUUUGAUCUUUGCGUUUUUUUCUGAGGGGUAAGGCAAAAAUUUCUUAAUUUCUGGGCGGCGGGUGUGUUUGUGUCGGCACUUUGAUCUUUUUUUCUUAGGGGUUCAAAUUUUAUUGAUCUCGUCCAUAGGGGUGUGUGUAUAUUAAUAAUGGAAUGGCCCCAACGACGGAACGUGGUAAAAUCUUUGUUGGGGAUAACGAAACAAAGGAAAACUUUUCAAGUAACACAGAUUCCCACCCCAGGAUUCCCCCCAAAAUUAUUAUGUAUGAACGUUUAUUUAUAUAUAAAUACUAUGCCAAAAUUAAAAUUACACAGCCUUUAAUAAUUCUCUAAAUAUUUAGAUGUGUUUUUUAACGUGUUCAUAUAAACACGAUACCAAAAACAGCUUCAUUUCUCCAUGGAUUGUAAAAUAUUUAUUUUAUUAUCCAUGAUUUCUCUAACUACAUGAGAUUAUUAUUCCAGACCCAGGGUUAUUUACCGUAGAACAACUUCUCGACCUGUAGGAUAACUUCUCGUAUAAGGGGUUAUUUACCGUAGGGUAACUUCUCGAGGUUUAAAAUCCCCCGUAUAUAAAUUUCACUUCCUGUAGCAAAACAAUGAGAAAAUAUUCACAGACAUUUAAAAUAUUAACUUUGCGAAAACACCAUGAUAUUCUAAAGAUAUCGGUAUGCGUCGAAGAAUGCCGAAUAUUCUGUCAUUAAAAAGCGAUCGUGAUGAAAAGAUUUGGAAUUAAACUACUUGACGAUGCCAGAAUAUAGAUGAUAGACCCAUAGAACACGCCACAUUGAUAGAUAGUUUUAUUCUUGUGAUCUGCGAUCUGUGAUCGAGUUCGAAACUCUCGAUUGGCAUUCAAUAAUGGGCAAAGCGAAAUGCAAGAAAUUUAUGUUAUUUGGUUUUAAUGUCACAUUUUUGGUAAGCUGUGAUAUUUAUAUAGCUUUGUGUAAUUGUACGGUGUAUAUUUUCUGAAUAGGGGUGAGAUUUUAAUUAUUUUCACGGCAGUAUUUAUAUGUGACAAGCUUUCAAACAAAAACAAUUACGUACGCUAUCUGACAUUUGUAUAAAGUAAACAUAAAUACAUUCAGACAGUGUGUAAUCGAUACUAAAUUAGCUGGAUUUGGAAUGGAUUGUUUUGUAUGGUUAUAUAACUUUUUCUAGUAUUUAUGAAAGCGUUUUUGUAUAUUUAUUAUUGGAGUUUAUAUGGAGACGACAUGUUAGGAAUACUUUUAAAUGCUGACAUCUGGUGAUCGAUAAACAGAGUAUUGUAGAAUCUAAAGUCAGCCUCAACACAUUGUGUUUAAUAUGCUAAUCAACGCUCUGAUAUAAAAGCAUUCGAAAAUUGAUGCUUUCAUUUUGAUAUUGGGUAUUUAUUGUUACAAUUGAUUUUCACUUUUCUUAAGUGUUUAAUUAACCAUUAACUGUGCAACACUUCCUGACUGGUAGGUUACUAUUGGUUGCAUAUUAGUUUCUCAUGCCCCACCCGUAUGCCUUCUUAGGUAACUGCCUUGAUGGCCAAAUGUUUGACUGACAAUACAAAAAUAAGCAUUUGAAAGAGCGUGCAGAAAGCCUCUGAUGAGAAACUUGUGUGCAAGAAAUAGUGACGAAAAAAAUUGGCUGGUCUAAUAUAAAUGGCCUCUGUAGUUCAGUUGGUCAGGGGGUUCAAUUCCUGCCUGACGGCCUAUAGUUUGCAACUACCCCUGGUUAGGUUUAAUGGUCGGUGGUGCAGUCGUUAGAGCACGUGCCUUUCACUAACUCUGAGAAUGUGGAUUUGAUUCUUGAUGUGAAAACAGUCAGUCAAUGCUCUGCCAAAAGUUGUGUGUUUUCUCCUGGUGCUCUGGUUUCCUCUCGCAGGGAAAGUUGACAGGGUGGGUUACUGUUAGGAUAAACAUAGUUUAUAGGAAAGUAAUAUCACGACAGUCUAGGCUAAGUAGGUACAGUAAUACAAGUAAGCGUAAUACUUGAUGUAAUCAGUCACUGAAAAGCCUCGUUGGGAAGUGAGCAUAAAAUUUCCAUCUAAAUUCCCACCUACAAAACCCUUUUACAUUUAGUAAGAGUAUCUUCAAUUUCUAGAUAAUCGGUGGUUUUCUAUUUGGCAUCGGUAUAUAUGCUAAUGUGCAGAAAUCAGAAUACUACAAACGUUAUAGUGAAUUCUACGAUUUCAUCAGUGACCCCACCAUAGCUGUGAUAACAUGUGGAUGUCUUAUUAUUGUCGUGUCCAUGUUUGGUAUGAUUGGAGCUCUCAGAGAUAAUAUCAAGUUACUUUAUGUGGUAAGUGUGUUCAUUUGAAAAGUGCUCCUAUUACCGGGGGACUUCUGGUUAUGUUGGUAGAGUUGGGAGGUCUGUAUCUUCCCUUUUCCCUAUAAUAUUUUGGCUUUGGAUGUUCCUGUGUUUCUAUUGCAAAAUACAGUAUACCUUGUUUCCUCGAAUGCCUUGAGAGACUUUCAUAGCUUGGCCAGAGAAGUCCUCCCCUCCAUGCAGUGCCGGAUUAACCCAUUGAGCCGCAAUGUGCCCUACUUAUUUUUUUUACUUGUCUAACACCAGAAAUUUUACUUGUCAAUGGGGAAGCCCCACAGCUUAAUGGGUUAACCAAAAAAUCUGACAAUGUCUCUUUCGUUAACCCAUUGAGCCGCUUUCACCCCAGUGUGUUGUGGCCUACUUUUUUUUUACUUAUCUAAUGCCAGACAAUUUACUCGUCAAUGGGGAAGCCCUGCAGCUUAAUGGGUUAACCAUGUGGCAGAAGUGGGUGGCAUAUGUCACAAGCCUCAUGCUUUUGGGGGCCCCGCACUUUGUGUAAACCAUCGGAUGCCAGUGCUCUCCUCUUGACAAGUAAAAUUGUCUGGAAUUAGACAGAGUGCCUGUGGUAAAGUAGGUCACAUUAGGAUGCAAUUCAACUUAAUGGAAUGUUACUAAUUGAGCUUUUCUCUAUUUUGUAGUAUUUGUUUUUCGUCGUUUUAAUAUUCACAUUUCAACUAAUAAUUGGUGUUCUUGGGUUUAUAUUCUGGACUGAGGUAAUAAUGGACAUUAAUGGAUAUUAUAGAGUCAAAUCAAAAACAGGCUGACACUUGUAAAAUAAUUGCAGUUGUAAGAUUAAAUUUUUUUUUCAGAUCAAAGAUUCUGUGAAUACUGCAUUUCUGUUAGCAAUAAUAAAGUACAGGAGAGAUCAUGAUCUGACAAAUGCUGUGGAUAGCGUACAGAUUAAUGUGAGUCAUCAUUCAUUGAAUAAUGAAUAGUAAGUUUGUUGUGGCUGCAGAAGUUAGGCAGCCAUGGAGUAUUGCUACUGUACCUAGUAAGGGGCUCACCCGAAAUUCAAAAUGUACACUUAAAACUUCAAAACUUUAUUAUUAUUAUUAUUAUUAUAGUUAUUAUUAUUAUUAUCAUCUUUAUUAGGGUCAAUUAAUCAUAUAUUACAAAGAAAAAACGUAGAAAAUAUUCAAUCAAACUAUUAAUAGAAUAUAGACCCUAAAUGGGCAAGGUAUAAAGGGACUCAAAGAACCAUGCAAGAUACCUUCCCAAACAUUACUAAAACUAAUUUAUAUAACAUUACACACACAACUCUACACACACCUAGUGCACCACAAUUUACGUCUUGUGACACGAACAGUCACGAAACAAGGACCACAUACAUGACAAGUGAACAUCAUCAAUAAAAUCAACAAUACUAGAGUAUCUACGUUUAACUAAAUAUUUAAAAGAACUAGGACUAGACACAGUGUCCAAACAUGCAUCUUCACAUACAGUGUUCCACAGUUUGACAACACGAGUUGAAGGUUACAGGCAAACUCCAAUAAAUUAUUGACAGCUAUAGAGCACUUCACACCAUUUACUCAGUGGCAGACACUUUGCAAAAUAUUGGGCGGGGGGCAGGGGGGGGGGCAGGCAAAUUUAGAUUGCCAAUUAUUAUAUUUACCAGACCUACCACCUGCAAAUCUCAGUUCUUUAAAUUUACCUAAAGGCCCAUUUCCACUCAGGAAAAUUUUCCAUGAAAAGAAAAUUUUGUAAAAUGUGAUUGGCGGACACAAAUUUUCCAUCGGAAAAAAAUAUGAAGUUGAAAAUUUGCAACUUUUAACAAUGGAAAAUUUUCCAUGGAAAGGGCCUUUAAAUUUCAUGCAGAUUCGCCCAAUUAAUAUCCUAUCAAUGUUUUUAUUUUGGUAAAAUUAUUGUUCCACUGAAUGUACUAAAGGCUGUGAUAUUCUUUUUUCCUGCAGUUGGAAUGUUGUGGCAGUACUUCUCUUGAUGACUGGGAUAGAAACAUUUACUUUCGUUGUGGUCAGAAAACCCCUGAAGAAUGUGGUGUACCUGUGUCGUGUUGUAAAAUUAAGGAUAAGGUAUGACUGAGCUUAUCCUCAUUACAAUUACUUUGUCAGUAAAAGAGAAUACUGGAUCAACAAGGGAUGAUUCUUACUGGUACUCUAAAAAGAACAGUUUAGAACUGAUAGACCUAUCCAGUAUAAAUAAAGUUAGUUUAGUUUAGGUUUCCUCCUGUAGUAACACUGGAUCAAUAAGAGAUGAUCCUUACUGGUCCUCUACAGUAGGAAGAACAGUUUAGAACUGAUAGAACUAUCCAGUAUAAAUAAAGUUAGUUUAGUUUGGGUUUCCUCCUGUAGUAACACUGGAUCAAUAAGAGAUGAUCCUUACUGGACCUCUAGGGAGAACAGUUUAGAACUGAUAGAACUAUCCAGUAUAAAUAAAGUUAGUAUAGUUUGGGUUCCUCCUGUAGUAACACUGGAUCAGUAAGAGAUGAUCCUUACUGGUCCUCUACAGUAGGAAGAACAGUUUAGAACUGAUAGAACUAUCUAGUAUAAAUAAAGUUAGUUUAGUUUGGGUUUCUUCCUGUAGUAACACUGGAUCAAUAAGAGAUGAUCCUUACUGGAUCUCUAGGAAGAACAGUUUAGAACUGAUAGAACUAUCCAGUAUAAAUAAAGUUAGUUUAGUUUGGGUUUCCUCCUGUAGUAACACUGGAUCAAUAAGAGAUGAUCCUUACUGGACCUCUAGGGAGAACAGUUUAGAAAUGAUAGAAUUACUAUCCAGUAUAAAUAAAGUUAGUUUAGUUUGGAUUUCCUCCUGUAGUAACACUGGAUCAAUAAGAGAUGAUCCUUACUUGACCUCUAAGGAAACAGUUUAAGACUAUACAGUAUAAAUAAAGUUCUAUAUUGGUACAUUGUAUUUUCUCUAGGUUUCCAAGUUAAAAACGCAAGAGGUUUCUGAGAACAGUACAGAUCCAGAGUUUGGAAACUUUAAACUUAGCGGUAUAAAUCUACAAUGUGGAUAUAAAACACGGCACCACCAUGUAAGUUGAACAUGUUCUUUAGAAUUUUAAAAAAUAAUAGUAUUUCAAUUAGAACGUGGUUACAAUGUGUUCCAAAUGCCAAAUCCAUGCGUUGAACAGCAUUUGCAAAGUCAAUGAAGUACCUGUUCAAGAUCUGAUUCAUAUAUUUCCAGAGGCUGAAGUACCGAGAUGAGAUUCACACCCGUGGUUGUCUGGAUGCUCUCGUUUUGUGGUUGUAUGAUAACAUGUUGCUCGUUUGUGGCCUUGUCACUGCUUCUGUUGUCCCUGAGGUAAUUUUAAUACAGUAAUUUCGAUUUCCUCCUGUAGUAAGACUGGAUGAAUAAGAGAUGAUCCUUACUGGACCUCUAAGAAGAACAGUUUAGUACUGAUAGAGCUAUCCAGUAUAAAUAAAGUUAGUUUAGUUUAGGUUUCCUCCUGUAGUAACACUGGAUCAAUAAGAGAUGAUUCAUACUGGACCUCUAAGAAGAACAGUUUAGUACUGAUAGAGCUAUCCAGUAUAAAUAAAGUUAGUUUAGUUUAGGUUUCCUCCUGUAGUAACACUGGAUCAAUAAGAGAUGAUCCUUACUGGACCUCUAGGAAGAACAGUUUAGAACUGAUAGAGCUAUCCAGUAUAAAUAAAGUUAGUUUAGUUUCGGUUUUCUCCUGUAGUAACACUGGAUCAAUAAGAGAUGAUCCUUACUGGACCUCUAAGAAGAACAGUUUAGUACUGAUAGAGAUAUCCAGUAUAGAUAAAGUUAGUUUAGUUUACGUUUUCUUCUGUAGUAACACUGGAUCAGUAAGAGAUGAUCCUUACUGGAUUAAUUUAGUUUUCCGCCUCCUGUAGUAACACUGGAUCAAUAAGAGAUGAUUCUUACUGGACCUCUAGGAAGAACAGUUUAGAACUGGUAGAGCUAUCCAAGUAUAAAUAAAGUUAAUUUAGUUUUCCGCCUCCUGUAGUAACACUGGAUCAAUAAGAGACGAUCCUUACUGAACCUCUAGGAAGAACAGUUUAGAACUGAUAGAGCUAUCCAGUAUAAAUAAAGUUAGUUUAGUUUAGGUUUCCUCCUGUAGUAAUACUGGAUCAAUAAGGGAUGGUCCUUACUGGACGUCUAGGAAGAACAGUUUAGAACUGGUAGAGCUAUCCAAGUAUAAAUAAAGUUAAUUUAGUUUUCCGCCUCCUGUAGUAACACUGGAUCAAUAAGAGAUGAUCAACCUUACUGAACCUCUAGGAAGAACAGUUUAGAACUGAUAGAGCUAUCCAGUAUAAAUAAAGUUAGUUUAGUUUAGGUUUCCUCCUGUAGUAACACUGGAUCAAUAAGAGAAGAUCCUUAUACUAGACCUGUAGGAAGAACAGUUAGUUCAGUUUCGGUUUCCUCCUGUAUGGAAGAUAACUUUUGCUGGUCUUAUACAGUAGAUAGAAUAGUUAUUAAGAAGUAAUAACUUUGUCUUUCAGAUAUGUGGAGCCUGCCUCACGUUCUUUUACGUCGCGCAUAUCAAACGAGCGAGAAAGGAAUGGGUGGAUGGCAACCGCCGUUCACAUUUGUUCGAAAGAGAAGCCAUUACAGACUUUUAAAAUCCAUAAACCAGGUUGGGACAUGUCGAUGAAAGAUACUGAAGAAUCAUGAAGGAUGUGUAAUGUCAACUGAGAUGCCUCGUACUGUAACCUCUCAUGAAUGGAUGAUUGUUCUCAAAGGCUGUUAACAGUGCGAAUGACAGGAUAUACUUAUAAGGUAUCAUUUUGAGAUGUACGCUAUUAUAUGGAAAACUUUGACGAUGGUUAUAUAAUUAUAAUAUUGAUAACAUUUACGUGGGACUGUGAAUUAAAUUGCGGAAGUUUGCAAACUACAGAAUAUUUGUGAGAAACAUUGCUGAUUGCAUGCCAAAAUAUAGUGCUAAUAUACUGUACUCCUUGCUAUUUGAAAAAUCCUGAUGAAAACAAACAUUGAAAAUGUGAUGCUGAAAAGCGAAAUUGAUAGACAAAGCAUGAUGCUGAUUUGCGUGACUACACAAUGGAUUUAACUUCGUACAAAUUCUAAAGAUUCCACUCAGUUCUAUGUUAAAAUUGUUGCUUCGUCUUACAUUUUUGGAUUAGAGAAUAAGUUACAGUACAGGAUACUUGGGUGGGGUCAUUAAACUAGCACUCCAAAAUGGACCGUUGAAGGCGUAUGUUAGCUAUUAUUCUAUAAUAGCUUUAAAGGUGAUCUACAGUCCGAUCUGCGCAUGUGCACAAAUGAGCCCAGUUUUUAUGAUACAAACAGUUUAACUAUGUUUUGAGUUCUUGAAAAGCCUGAUUGUUGUUUCUUGAUCAUUUAUUAUACUCUAGAAGCUUGAAAAUAUAAAUAGUUGUCGAAUAAAGUUCAAUAUUUUGGACACAAAAAUGUAAACAAAGGCUUUGUUUACAUACGGACUGUAGAUCACCUUUAAAAUAUUAUAUAUUUACAUAGUAUAGAUUAUAACUAAUUGAUAAAAUUAUAUACACACUAUAUAUACACACUUUUAUACAACUCAUUCCAUUCCAUUCGUGCUUGUACUAGUACUGCUACUCUUCCUAGAAUGAGAUGAAUCCUUCCUUAAUAAUUCUCCAUUGCAUUCAUAAUAAGCAGACGAAGUAUUAAAACACAGUUCUUUCUUUAAAGCAUUCUCAUAUGUCUUGAUCUGUUUCAAAAGACUUGCUAAAACAGUCUUACUUUCACUCAGUUCCUCUCUUAACGCCCUGCUUUCGUUUCGUAACGUUUCGUUUUCCGUCUCCACUCGUAUGUUUCGUGCUUGUAGACACACGAUCGUUUUUUCCAAGUUUGCAUUCUCCAGUUUCAAUAGUUUUACGGCUAGUUCUGGUUUCGUGUUGGAAUUUUCAAAUAAUGCUUCCACGCUCUCUAUCGUCUUCGCCAAGGAGUCCAUCU